CGGAGGGAGGAGACUCUGACAAUGAAUGUGCUGAGAACACAUGUUUACAAUGAUGGGGGAGAGAGGGAGGAAGAAUGGAGCUGCACUGGACCACUGAACACUGUGGUGCCUCUUUUGGACCGACCGACAGUCAAGGAAGCUAACGACUGAAGGACACACUGGCCUGCUGUGUCACUGCAGAAACAUGCACAGAUAUUAAAUGACUCAUCGGAAAAGCUGAUUUUGUGCAACUUUCCUGUUCUGUAGAACACACUCUCCCUGUUCCCUUACAAACUGAGUCAAAGGGUAACAAAUCAUCACAAGCACUAAGAGGACAAACACUUCCCAGGGAUGACUAGUGCUCAGCUACUUAAGCCUUCACCAGAAGAGUCUGUGUUUGGUGUCCAGCCUCCCCACAGGAUGGCACCGGCUGUUCCCCGCAGCGUCCUCGGCCCCUCACCUCCCCCUCCAGCUGUCUGGCCUCCUCUGGACUUCGCCAUGGGCGCUCUCGCCUGCUGCGCGGCCUGUGUGUUCACCAACCCCCUGGAGGUUGUAAAAACCCGUCUGCAGCUUCAGGGAGAGCUGUGUGCACGGGGGUCCUACCAGAGACACUACAGAGGAGUUCUGCAGGCGCUCUGGGUGGUGGGGCGCACAGAUGGGCUCCGGGGCCUGCAGAAGGGGCUCUCAGUCGGGCUGAUGUACCAGGCGGUGAUGAACGGUGUGAGGCUGGGGUCCUACUCCUACUGUGAAGCUCUGGGCAUCACCUCGUUCCACGGGGGGAGUCUCCUGUCAGGGGCAGGGGCCGGGGCGCUGGGUGCCUUCAUUGCCUCUCCUGCCUACCUGGUGAAAACCCACCUGCAGGCUCAGACUGUGAAGACCAUUGCAGUGGGCCACCAGCACAACCAUCUGGGAGCGUCUGAUGCCUUUGUUACCAUCUAUAGAAGAGACGGUUUAAUUGGUCUCUGGAGGGGUGUGAACGGGGCCGUGCCUCGAGUCAUGGUGGGAUCAGCUGCUCAGCUGGCAACCUUCACCUCCGCCAAGGACUGGGUGUCACAUACCCAGUGGUUUAGUCCAGACAGCUGGCUCACGGCUCUGUUGGCCGCCAUGAUCAGUGGAGUCGCUGUGGCGAUCACCAUGACGCCGUUUGAUGUCAUUAGCACACGGCUCUACAACCAGCCGGUGGAUGAAUUACGAAGGGGCCGUCUAUACCAUGGAUUUUCAGAUUGUAUGCUGAAGGUGUGCCAAGCUGAGGGCCUGCUGGGGUUGUAUAAAGGCAUGGGCCCUGUCUUCCUGCGCUUGGCCCCACACACAGUGCUCAGCAUGCUGUUCUGGGAUCUGUUGAGGCAGCAGGCAGCAAAGAAAACAAGCAAGGGAAGGAGCUAAAACUUCUUAAACGCCCGAUUGACUGGACUCAGUUACAGCCAUAGAAGUGGUCCACCAGUUAAUGAAACCCUAACUUUAAAGCAAAUGUUUGACAUUUUGGUAAAUGCACUUAUUCGCUUUCUUGCAGAGAGUGAGAUGAGAGGAUUGAUACCACUCUCAUGCCUAUACAAUAGCUGGUUAGCUUAGCUUAGCAUAAAGACUGGAAACAGGGGGAAAUUGUUAGCCUGCCUCCGUCCAAACUCACCUACCAGCACCUAUAAAACUAAAUGUUUGACAAUUCAGUGUCAGUGACUGAUUCAAUCUGUACCAAAACCAAAGUGUAAAAAAGUACAUUUUCCAUUUCACAGGAAUUAACGUGCUGGACUGUUGACUUCCUGGAGUCUCUGCUGGUUGCCAGGCAACUGCUCAGAGCGAGGGAACAGUCUAUACAUAACCAUUAAACAACAAACUGUCAUUUUUAGACUGUUUGUUCAGAUUGAAAAAGAUAACAUGUUCAUUAGCGAGCUUUAGAGGUGCGGCUAAGGUGGAUUUUGUUACCAUUCAACAGAGGUGGGCUAACUGUUUCCCUCUGUUUCCUGUCUCCUCCAGUUUCCUUUAUGCUAAGCUAAGCUAUCCUGCUGCUGGCUUUUGUCUCAUAUUUACUGCACAGACAUGAGAGUUGUAUUAUCUUCUUAUCAAACUCUCCAUCAGUGAAUCAGCAUAUUUCCCAAAAUGUCAAACUAGUCCUUUAAGAGAGACUCACUCUGGAGUAAAGAAGAUGGAUGAUGGCGUUCAAGUACUUGAUAAAGAUGAACAUCUAAAAAAUGAUUUUUAGACUUUCCCAUCUAAUUUCUCAGUUACAUUAAAUCACUGUUGAAAUGUCAGGUUUUACCUUUAAUACCUCAAAUGAUUAAAUCACAGCCACUGUCUCGGUCUUUCAUGUCGCCUCGCAUUAAAGCUAAAAUAAGAGGAGUUUGAUGCACGGGGUUUGCAGGCAUAUUUUAUUCUAGUGCCCAUGAGACGAAGGACGAGUCUGGAUAACUAAAACAUAAAGUCUGUAUUCCAUAUUUAUAGCCCAGUGUGGCCGCAGUGAUUUGUCACAGUUGAAAUGUAAUUCUAGUUGCCUUGUCUGUUGUAUGUAAAGAAAACCAUCUGAUGGGAAUGAUUUUAUUCGCUGACAUAUGAACCACUGGUACUUAAAGAUGAGGAUGCCGUUUGAUCUGAGGAUUUUAUGUACACAAGUUUAACUUACGGGUACUUUGAGCCUUUUGAACAGAAGUUGAUAAAAAUAAUAAAGUAAUUUUUUGUAUGAUAAA